UUGUUGUGCAGAGCUGCAGAAGGCCUGAUAGAGCCAGCUAGACAGAGAGAGCGAAGGAAGGGAGAGAUACAGAGACAGACACAGACACACUGUGUCUGAUCCAGAGCCCGUGUUUUCAUUUCAUCACCCAGUUCAACCAGCGUCACCAGAGAGGAAGGGGACAAAGGGAAGAGGAGGACAAAAAAGAGCUACAGUGACAGGAGGGAAAGUAAAAGAUAGGCAAGGUGAAGGAGGAGAAGGAAGGGAGGAAAGGGAGGGAGGAAGGAGGCAGGGGCAUGAGGAGGGGCGCCUGACUGACAUUGCUGCUCUCGCUAUCAGCUCAGACACACACACACACACACAGACACAAUCACACACACACACACACACACACACACCGACGUAGGCAGACACACAUACACUCAGCCAGAUUUUGCACUGCACAGUUGCUGCUCUUUUUUUAAAUCCUUUGCAGAGCCUUGUCCUCCAUCCAUUCUUCUCCUCUGAGCGGGAGGACAAGAGAGACACAGAGAGGAGGAAGAGGAGGAGGGAAAAGGACGAGGAGGAGGAGAAGUGGGGGGGGGGGCAGUAACCCUCUCCUCUCCUUUACUCAGACACAGCAAGGAAAGAUAGGGAGAGAAGAGUAAAAAAAGAGAGAGAGAAAGCAGCUUUCUGUGCUAUUUCACCGUCUGCUGUGGUCCCUCGGCCAGCGAGCGGCUAACAGGCACCGCUCAUGUCCGUGAACUCGGAGAAAUCCUCGUCCCCUGAAAGGCCUGAGACCCAGCAGAAAGCCCCAGUGAGUGCCCCUCCUCCCCCGCCGCCCCCUCCGCCUCCCCCUGAGCCGGCAGGGCCUCCGGAGCCAGAGGAGGAGAUCCUGGGCUCCGACGAUGAGGAGCAGGAGGACCCCGCAGACUACUGCAAAGGAGGGUACCAUCCGGUGAAGAUCGGGGAUUUGUUCAAUGGGAGGUACCAUGUGAUCAGGAAGUUGGGGUGGGGCCACUUCUCCACCGUAUGGCUGUGCUGGGACAUACAAGUGAAGAACUUUGUGGCGAUGAAGGUGGUGAAGAGUGCCCAGCAUUACACAGAGACGGCCCUGGAUGAGAUCAAACUGCUGCGAUGUGUGAGAGAGAGCGACCCCAUCGACCCCAACAAGGACAUGGUAGUCCAGCUGAUAGAUGACUUCAAGAUCUCCGGAGUCAACGGCAUACAUGUGUGUAUGGUGUUUGAGGUGCUGGGUCACCACCUGCUUAAGUGGAUUAUUAAAUCCAACUACCAAGGUCUGCCGCUGCCAUGUGUCAAGAGCAUUAUCAGACAGGUCCUGCAGGGUCUGGACUACCUCCACACAAAGUGUAAAAUCAUCCACACGGACAUAAAGCCGGAGAACAUCCUGAUGUGUGUAGAUGACGCAUUUGUCAGGCGCAUGGCCAUGGAGGCAACCGAAUGGCAGAAAGCCGGAGCCCCACCGCCGUCCGGAUCAGCAGUUAGCACAGCCCCUCAGCUCAAACCGGUGAGUACAACAGAUGUGGGGAAAAUCUCGAAGAACAAGAAGAAGAAGCUGAAGAAGAAACAGAAGCGGCAGGCGGAGCUGCUGGAGAGGCGGAUGCUGGAGAUCGAAGCCCUGGAGAGAGAGGCCGAGAGGAAGGAGGAGAGAGCCAAAGAAGGGGGAGAGAAGGGGGCGCUUGAACACAACCCGCCUUCGCCGCUGCAGCCCCCGCCACCGGGCCCCAGCAUGGCGGUGGGAGAGAGCGAUGAGGACGACGAGGACGAGGACGACGGGGAGGACGAGGAGGAGGAGGGAGGAGAGAGGCCCAUCAGGUUGACUAAUCAUACAUGUGCAGCGCCUCCUCAGGAGCAGAGCGAGGCACCCCACAUCACUGAUGACGACCCCGAUGAGGAGGUGGAAGAAGACGAGGAGCCCACGCCUGUCGCCGAAAAGGAUGCCCCCAUUCCCCCCACCUCAGAGGAAGGCAGUGGAGAUCCAACACAAGCAGAGGUAGAGGAAGAGGAGGGGGCGGAGGAGGAGGAGGAGGAGGAGGAAGAGGAAGAGGAGGAGGGAUUGAAAGGAACAGAAGAUGAGAAUGAGGAACGGGAGACAGAGGAGAAGGUGGAGGAGGGGGAGGGGGAGGAAGAAGAAAAGGAGGAGGAGGAGGAAGAGACUGAAAGAGAGGAGAAUGAGACAGAGGAGCCAAAGACAGAGAGCAAAACAGAGAAGGAGGCAGUGUUGGAAGAGGAGGAAUCAAAGGAGCAGGAGGGGGAGGACGAGGAGGACGAGGAGGAUGAGGAGGACGAGGAAGACGAGGAUGAGGACACGACCACUGACCUCUUCACGGACAACACUUCCCCCAUCAAACCCCACAACAACAAAACCAACUCGGCCAAAACCAACGGUCACGUUUUGUUGGGGUCCGAGGGACGGAAACCGAACCCUGGCACCCCUCCGCCCCCGUCGCCCACCCCCGAGCCUCUCCUCUGCCCCCUGGUGGAGUCCGAGCUCAGCUACACGGACAGGGACAACUCUCUCAGCUCCGGUUAUGAGAUGUAUAACGGAGAGCUGGGCGAACGGGGGCUGACCAACGGCUCCAGUGAGCGCCACCGGGGCACGAUGCCCCUCUUCCCCGACCUGCCCCUGGAUCCUGAGCCGGGAAAUCCCAUAUCGGUGGGCACGGCAGACUUAGGAGCAGGACCUUCACCCAACAGCCCCACGGCCGACCGCAGUCGCACCGUAUCAUCCUCGAGCACAGGAGACACACCCAAAGUCAGGGCCAGGGCUGCAGACCUCCUGAUCAACCCAUUAGACCCUCGCAACGCUGAGUCUAUUCGAGUCAAAAUCGCUGAUCUUGGAAAUGCCUGCUGGGUGCACAAGCACUUUACAGAGGACAUCCAGACAAGACAGUACCGUUCCAUUGAAGUCCUGAUAGGAGCCGGUUACAGCACUCCUGCAGAUAUCUGGAGUACUGCCUGCAUGGCGUUUGAGCUGGCUACUGGAGAUUACCUGUUUGAGCCCCAUUCUGGAGAGGACUACUCCCGUGAUGAGGACCACAUCGCUCUGAUCAUGGAGCUCCUUGGGAAGGUCCCACGCAAAGUGGUCGCUGCCGGGAAGUACAGCCGAGAGUUUUUCUCCAAGAAAGGUGAGCUGCGGCACAUCACUAAGCUGAAGCCGUGGUCCCUGUUUGACGUGUUGGUGGAGAAGUACGGCUGGUCACACGAAGACGCCGGCCACUUCACUCACUUCCUUCUGCCCAUGCUGGAGAUGGUGCCCGAGAAGAGGGCCUCGGCCGGCGAAUGCCUCAACCACCCCUGGCUCAACUCGUAGCCACAAACUCCGAUCAGAUGUCCUCCUCCCCUUGUCCCCCAACAGUUAGCCCAAACAUCACCCCCUGGUGGCAGCCUGUGGAACAACAGUAUGGGGGAGAAGCUGGAGACAAGCAGUCACUUUAGAUGAGAAAGACUUCAUCUUUCCUGCCCUAUCCCACACAUGCACUCUUACAUGCUUAUCUGACAAGGCUUAACUCCUACACAGCUCCCUCAGUCUUUUUCCAGAAGGAAUGUAGAGACAAGCUUAUGGAGAUAACAUGACAUAGUAGCUGUGUCUUCCCAAACAUCUCCCAGAAAGAAUCAGAUCGUUUGAGGAUGGAUGCUGCUCACACCGUAAAAGGGAGAAGUCAGGCUCUGUCCGAAAGAGAUGUGCUUACGUCUCCUCUUCUGCCGUCAAGAUGUCAGCCAGUCCCUUGCAUCUCUCUACCUAUCUCCAAAUUCUCAGUUUAACUUGUUUGGAUCCAGUCAGGGGCCACUGAGAGCUGCUGAUGUAGUCAAUGUUGAGAAGGAAAAGUCAACGAGAAGACCCGUUGCCGUGCUGUUAGCCCAGAGCGCCAUCUGCCAUGACCUUUACAUAGCCAGGGCCUCAAGGACAGACGAAUGUGGGUGUGUUAUUGUGUGAGAGAAUGUGCCUGUGCUCACAAUUUGCCUACAUAGACCCUUUUCCUGUCUUUCUAGUCCAGUAGCCCCACCUUCCCUCCCUCACCCUGCUGUUGAGGAAGCACCCACAUUGGACUGAAAGUUUACACCCUAGUUUCUUCCAAGAAUCAAGUCCCCCCCCCCGUACCUGUUUGGUUUCCUACUUCCUCCUCUCCAAAAUGAUCUCUAUGCUCCUGAUGGGGGCCACCACAGAGAACUGGAGGGCAGCCAGUCCUCCAGCGGGCAUCGCACUGACAGUUGCCACUCUGACAGAGACAGAUAGAAAAGUCUGGGAUGAGCCGGAAAGGAAAAAAAAAAAUCCAUUUAACAUGGAGGAGGACUGACUGCUUAGUCUUUAAAGACUAUUAAUACAAUGCAUGGAGAGACUGAGGGAUCAGCAUGUACGGAUAUGACAAAUGGACGAUGGAUGCAUUAUUUUAUUUGUUUUACUUGUUUCUUUCCUGUCAUCAACUCUUAUGGACAUUCUGUUAGAAACAAUUAUGUUAGGACCUUUUAACCACCCUCUGGGGAAGGUCACUGUGUUACAACCCCUGCUCCUUCAGCUUUUGACAUUCCUAAAUCUUGGUCCUCUGCCAUCCUUCCUGACUUUAACUCCCAAGAACAAUUCUGUUGAGUCCUGCUGUGGCACGUUUACCUGAUCUGAUUGGUUCUAUCCUACUUUUUUCCCCCUAUAGAGGGACCCUUUGAUCCCUGAGCUUCUCCAGAAAGGGGAUGGUCACAUGGAGGUUGCACUUGUCUUUGUAGAUGUCCUUCAGGGAUUUGAAACCUUUGUACAUAGAACUGAGAUCUGGCAACGCCGAUAUGCGACCUUGGACAAAGUUUCAGCACACAAGCAUCAUUCCAAAAAACGGAGGCUGUUGUUGGCAGAACUUGACUUCCUCUGGUACAGUUGGGGGGCAGCGGGCCGCCAUAGCUCCGGCCCUGGAGGAAUGUUCAGACUGAACCAUGCCGCCUGUUGGUUGAAUGAGAGUACUGCAUCGCCACACACUGCUGCUGCUCUCAGUGCCAACGCUCCAAGGCGUUCCACUAUAUCUUUCCACUUAAUCUCUAUUUCUGUCACACACACACAGACACACAAAAACGUGCAUCAUCACAAUUAGUCCGGUUGCCUAUUUUUCGCAAUAAAUGAAAAAAAAAGAUGAGUAUAAGUAAAUGGUGAGAUAUUUUUAAAAACUAUUUAAUUCAUUAAAAAAAAAAGAGGAAAAAAUAAAACAACUUUUCUCUGGUUGUUGUGACUGUGACAGAAUCUCGUCUUCUACUGAGGUGAUUGUGUUUGUCUAUUAGAGAUGUUUUUAUUUCUUUUGUCAUUAUUAUUGUUAUUAUUAUUAUUAUUAUAAUUAUUAUGAAUUAUAAUAAUUAUUAUUAUUAUUGAAAAGAUUUUUUUUACACAGUUGUCACCUCUCCCCUCCCUCCUUACUUGAACAGUGCUGCUCUGUCUGGGCUCUUGAUGGUGAUGAAAAAAAAAAUCAACAGUUUUGCAAUAAAGGGUAUGUGAGGGUAGUUUUUUUUUGUUUUUGUUUUUUUUUGCACCAAAACCUGAUCUCACUCUUUCAGCCAUGCUGACUGUUCUUCCUGAUGACAUUGACAGAUUCGCGUCUCUUGUCUGUGUUUUUCAUUGACAGAUUUAAUAAAAUUGUAAAUUAA